AUGGCUUCAGACACGGCAGCAAGUCACACGGUGGACGUGUUGUGUGGCGUCUGCGUUGAAUUGCUGCGGCAAGGACUGCCGGUUCAUGAGCAGCUUGCUCUGCGCACGACCUGCGCAGCUACCAGAGCAUGUCUUUGCACCUCGGUCUUUUGGGACGAGGUCCUUGCCUCCCGGGCCACUCGUGGCGCCAAGCGCGGAGUUUUGGCCCACUGGGUGGACUACAAAAGGUGGUUCCAUCGGGCCGUGACCGAGAGCCGCUCGCUGCGGCUCCGGCGGCUUUUCGCAGCACUCCGUGGCCCGGUGUUGCCGCGGCAG